GAGCUAUGCCUGGUGUUCCGUACCCUGGUGAGUACGUUUGAGACGCAGUUUGUGGCCGUCAUGCUGGAGGAUGCUCAUCGUCAAGCGCAGCUGUCUCUGCUCGCACAGCCACCGCCACAGCAGCACGCCUCGACUCCUGUCUCCGCAUCACCUAGCAGCUUGGCCGCGGCCAAGGACUCACGCAAGAUUGGUCGCUCCAGUAGUGCAGGUGCUACAGCCAAUACUAGUAUCGCCGGUCCUCACCUACGUCCAGAACAAAUCCGGACGUCCUCGGAGAGCAGUAGCAGCGUAGACAGCACCACUCGCACUAGCCAGCGCACUAGCGAGUGGGUCAUCCUCUCCAAGAGCGCUGAGGAAGAGUUAGCGGCUGCCGAUAGUGAUGCGCCGGAGAAAUUUCAAUUGUCAUCUCUGCAGCGACUAAGCGAUGUUGGCGGGGCGAAUGCACCACACCUGUCACCGAGGCCACAUUCCAUGCAACAGUCGUCGCUCGGCGUCACGCCAGCAGCGGCGGCCGCCUAUGGCAGCAGCAGCGGGGGCAGCGCAAGCAGCCCGCACUCGCACUUCAGUCCACGGAGCUCCGCGGCAAGCGCCACUGCUCUGCCUGGCUCUGCGGCCGACACGGCGAGGCUUUCUCCGAACUUUGCCUCGCCGCCGCCAGGCUCGUCGAUCCUCAACUCCAGUAACCUGUCCGGUUCCGGCCAAUCAUCCAAUUAUCCAAACCCUGGCUAUACGUCGUCCUCGUUGAGUGGUAGUACUCCUACUCUUGCUAGUAGUGCUGCUGUUGGGUCUCCGCUUGUGCAUUCCAAGACUGGUACCAGUCCUUUCAGCAAUAUGUGGAAGGCAUUGAAUCUGCUAGCCACUGACCCGCACCUUCAAGUGGAGAUGAUGGCAGACAGGAUCAUCAAGAGGCUCAAGCUGACUGCCAACCAGACAAGAAGCAACUCCAUGUCCCUGCCAUCGUCACCGCGUCCUCACCGACCUCGAACCCAGCGUGUUGCCAGUGGCAGCGGACCAAACAUUGACUUUUUGAAAGGGCAAGCAGCGGAGAGCCCUGUGAAGCGUGGUGCCCUGCCACGCCUCAUGUCAAUGCCAGGCGGUAUGCCUAUGGAGCAGGCUCUGGCAAUGGAGGGUGGACGUUCGUCACCGCAGAUUGACGAAAGAGCAUCCACGCUACCACGGGCGUUCUCCACACAGAACGUGGGCGGACUGCAAGCACGAAUGGUGGAGGAUUACUACGGGGAUCUACCCUCUGAUAUUGUCGAGACUGUGAGCCAGUUUGAUACGAAGUUUGUAGACUGGAUGUCUUCCUCAUUCAUUCUCCAGUCAGAGGAGUGGGAGAAAAAGAGCGAUGCUGAUGGCAAGCAGUUUCUGGAGCGACACUGGAGAUUCAAGCGCAACACUGAACAGCGAGCUGAGAGCAGAGCCACGCUGAAGGAUGCGACUUCCACCAAGUAUCGCCUGGAGGAUCAGGUGUUUGUGAACCGCAACCCGGAGGCACCCCAGUGUUUGCUCUUUCACCCGUACCAGAACGAGCUGCUAGUGGCCGACAAGACGAAUAUCACUGUGUGGGACUGGGAGAUGGGAGUUCAGCUGAACACCAUCCACAAUCACCCAGCCAACAGCAAGGCUAGAAUUACUACACUGGACCUUGUCAAUCCGCACGACGUCUCACUGCUCAUGGCGGGUACAGACGAUGGCUGUGUACGUGUGUGGCGUGACUACAACAUCGAGGGACGUGGCUCUCAAGUUGCAGCAUGGCGAGCGCUGACUGAUCUUGCACCCGUUCCACGCGCAGCCACUGGCCUGGCAACCCAGCAGCCUGUUCCGAGUCUGGUACUAGACUGGGAGCAGGAGAGUGGGGUGCUGUUUGCGUCGGGCAAUGCACGAAUCAUACGCGUCUGGGACACACAGAGAGAGCAGAUCAUACAGGAUAUUCCAACUGGUGCUGACACGUGUGUGACAAGCUUAACCAGUGACGUGGCUGGACGGUCGUUGCUUAUCGCCGGAUGUGGUGACGGUACCAUUCGGCUGUACGAUAGGAGACUGCCACCGACUGAUUGUUUGGUGCGACUACUACGUGAGCACACAGCGUACGUAGUCAAAGUGCACCUACAGCAAGGCGCCAGUCAAGGAAAGAUCAUUUCAUCCAGUGUGGCUGGUGAUGUGCGCUACUGGGACCCGCGGUUUGAGAAGUCUACGGAACAGGUUAAGACCGGUAUACGUAUCUCCUGCAUGGACGUGCAUCGUACUGCUCCUCUCCUGGCCGUUGGAUCACGUGAUCAAGUUGCCAAGACCUACCACAUCGACUCGCAGGAGAGUCUUGGCACCAUCAAGUGGCACGAUGGAUUCAUGGGGCAGAGAAUCGCAGCCGUUAGCGCCUUGAGCUUCCAUCCCUAUAAGCUGUGUAUGGCGGCAGGUUUCACCGACUCUCUCAUAUCCAUCUAUACCGACGACAAGAAGAAGCUAUGAGAGAGACAGGCAGCACAAUAAUGGUGGUGGUGGUGACGAGGAUGGUGGUAAUGACGGAGGCUUGUGAAGACUUGGCGGGAAGCUUCGUGGCGAUCUCUAUUCAUGUCCACUGUACGCCUGCGUAAGAUGACUUGCACUAACAGUCUGCGGUGCUGCUGCUCGUACACAGUUGUACCCGCGAGCAAACCGUUCCGUGUGUUUGUGCAUGUGUGUACAAACCGUUCCGUGUGUAUUGAUUUUGGUUGUCAGCCGAUGUGCCGAUUCCUGUGUCCGCCUGAUACAGUGGAUACUGCGAGCCACUGUGCCAAUACCUGUGUCCACCUCAUGAUGUGGAUGUUGUCAUGCGACAAGCUGAUCCCUGGUAGCAUUCAGGUGUGGCUACUGGUGGCAUUCCAUCUGGUCCUCCAGCGAAAUGUGCAGCCACCGUGAAGUCUGUGGCCACCCCGAAGCCUGCGGCUAGUCUGAAAUCUGCGGCUGGACUGAAACCUGGAGCUGUGUGUUCGCAUCUGUGGUUGUAAAUAUGACGCAUGUACGAGCAGCCGGUGCAGGCGCAGGCUGGAGCGGCGCGUGGUUAAAGCGUCGGUAUGUCUUGAUGUUGUGCGUGUACUUCCACGAUGAGGCCUGCUGCAUUGUGACCCCACCAUGGCACCUGCCGGUGAGACCUCAGUGUCCUGCGUAUGCAUGAAUCCGGCACUCUGUAUCGUAUACAGUGUGGACGGGUGUGCUGGGUGGAAGGGCAUGUUGGUGACCCGCUCUCAUCUCGAGUAUGCAUGUUUCGGUAAUACCAUUGUGUCGGCUUGUCAGGGAAAUGGAAAUGUGCAUGCACUUCCACAUGCAGAUAUAACAUGUAUAAAUGUCUCUCUCGCUUCUCCUCCUCGCUCAGGCCAAGGACUCUAUCCCCUCUGUCUGUCUGUCUAUCCCCUCUGUCUGUCUGUCUGUCUGUCUGUCUGUCUGUCUGUGUCUCUCUGUCUCUCUGUGUCUGUCUGUCUCCAUCUGUCUCUCUCUCUCUCUCUCUCUCUGUCUCUCUGUCUCUCUCUGUGUCUCUCUGUCUCUGUCUGUCUCUCUCUGUGUCUCUCUCUCCCUGAUAUGGCUUGCAAUGACAAUUUCAUUACCCCAUCACCGUGCUUCACUCGGAUUUCUUUUAACCAAUUAUCCCCAUAUCCCAGGCAUUGAUUCAGACUUCCAAUAUACUAAUGAUGCGUCUCUUGCAUCCGAAUAAACGAUGGCAAUGUACUCACUCACACUCUCAUUGUGAAAUCUAGAUUACCCCUGACCUGGCCAGGGUAAGGGCCACUGGAGGAGGCGCAGGCCUUUGCUGUUUGCGUCUAUGCCCAUUUGUUUCUAAUCAUUCGCUCCCCUGGGUACUACACAAGAUGGCCAUCCUGCCAAUUCUCAAUUAUUCUUUCCUGUUAGGCACUGGGUGUGUUCAAUACGUUGGCUUUGUGUGGCUGUCCUGUCGUUUGGUAAGGUCCUAGCCAUAAUGGUAAUCUGUGCGCUACUGGUUAAUCUGUGCCGUACUGGCUGGGCUGUGCGCUACUAUUUAGGCUUCAUGCUGCAGGCUGUGCCAAGGAGUUAUUCUCGCCUGUUGUUGUGUCUUCCUUUAUUGCCAGCCUAAAACUGUUGUCUCUUUGUUAAGAUUUUAAUUUUUUUACCGAGGCUGUGCAAUUCUGCCGCGCACUUGAUUUCUUAUCUCAUUCCCGGAUCCCAUUUUGGUUCUAGUCUGCUUUCUUAUGGCCGCGAUGCUCCCUGUCUUAGAGAACUUGGUAAUUUACUACAGUUGUCCCCGGUAUGAUCCGGCAUCAUUUGUGCUAAGGUUAAAGGAAAUCCUGCUGG